GAAAUGGCUGCCGCGUCUACCCGUGCGUGAACGGUCUCAGCCAAGGAGGCGUGAAGCCGGGUCGCAGCGAUUAGUGCGUACAGCUUCCACCAGUGGAAGGUGGAUUUCGGCUCCGCUGAGCUUGAACACGAACCUCAGCCUUCCGCAUCCCCCACCCGGGCUCAGGCCCAUCUGAAACAGUACCUAAAACUACAGUCUAGCUUCAAGCAUCAAAUUACGUGGCACUUGAGAAACAUGUUUCCCUGACGGUGAUCCUGCAGCAGAAGGAUCCUAGCCUGGGCUUUAGACGCUUGCCAGCACUCCAUGGCCCUCACGAUGCUGAACGGUCUACUUAUUAAGGACUCCAGCCCACCCAUGCUGCACCAGAUUAGCAAGACUCCUCAGCUGGAUGCCUUCAACUACCAAAGCUGCUUCAUGCAAGACCUCUUCGCUCACUUCCCUGAGGUCUUAUUCAUACACCGGACCUAUAACCCCAGAGGCAAGGUGUUAUACACCUUCCUGGUGGAUGGACCCCGGGUCCAGGUUGAGGGUCCUCUUGCCAGAGCUGUGUACUUUGCCAUCCCUACCAAUGAAGAUGCCAGAGGCCUGGCCCAGAUGUUCCAGGUGUUCAAAAAGUUUAACCCAGCAUGGGAGAGGGUCACCACCAUCCUGGUGGACCCCCACUUCCUCCUGCUGCCCACUCUGACCAUGGAGUUCCCCACCGCUGAGGUCUUGCUCUCCGCCUUCCACAUCUGUAAGUUCCUCCAGGGUAAAUUCUAUCAGCUGUCCCUAGAGCAGUCUGUGCAGAGGGUGCUUCUGUCCUCCCUGCAGAGCACAAUGUGCUCCGCCACCGCUGGCAACCUGAGGAAGCUCUACACACUCCUGAGUGACUGCAUCCCCUCCAGCAGGCUGCCCGAGCUACACUCCCACUGGCUGCUCAAUGACCGCAUCUGGCUGGCCCACCGCUGGAGAAGCCGAGCCCAGAGCAACCGAUACUUCCAGAGUCUGGAGGUCACAGCCCACAUCCUCAGCCAGUUUUUUGGCACCACCCCUUUUGAGAAACAAGGCAUGGCAUCUGUGUUCCGAUACAUGCAGCAGAACUCUUCAGACAAAGCCAGCCUCAGCCUGGCAGAGAGUCCCCAGGACAGUCACACUCCUUCAGAGGCCAGCCCUGAAAACCCCAACACAGAGCAGUUGGUGGAAGCCCGUAUCCAGCACUCCCUCAAUGCCAUCUGCACAGGGCCAGCUGCCCAACUCUGCCUGGGCGAGCUCGCCGUAGUCCAGAAAUCCAUGCACCUCAUUGGCUCUGGCUCAGAAAAAAUGAACAUACAGAUUCUGGAGGACACGCACAAUGUCCAGCCCCAGUCCCCCGCCAGCUGCAGCUGCUACUUUAACCAAGCCUUCCACCUGCCCUGCCGCCACAUCCUGGCCAUGCUCAGUGCCCGCCAGCAGGUGCUCCAGCCCGACAUGCUGCAGGCUCAGUGGACCUCAGGCUGUGCCACCAGUCUAGACAGUAUCCUGAGCAGCAAGUGGAGUGCCAGCCUGGAUAAGCACCUGGCGGUGACCCUCCUCACUGAGGAGGUAGGUCGUCUCUUACAGCACUGCAGUGAGGAGGAGUUCGAGUGUCGCUACAGCACCCUGCGGGAACUAGCCGACAGCUGGAUCGGCCCUUACGAGCAGGUCCAGCUGUAAUCACAGGGACACACCCAGUACUGGGGACUGAACCCAGAGGAGGACAAGUGUUAGGCAGGUACUCUACUACUGCCGCUCUCUAUUGCUUCCUCUCAGAUAGCCUCUCACUAGGUUGCCCAGGCUUCCUCUUGAACUCACUCUGUAGACAGGCUGGCUUUGAACAUGUGAACCUCCUAACUAGCCUGCUAAGUAAGUGGGAUUACAAGCCUGUGUCAGUAGACCCAACUUCUGAUUGUGUUUGUGCCCUGAAAUGUUCACCUACAUAGGAGCACUCCCUUCCUUCCCUCUGCACAUGCUCUGUGCUUCCUUCCAAGUUUCUCCUCUGCUCCAGCCGAUUGUCUAGAAUGUGUCAGGCUCCAUAGGACAGAAGUCAGGAAAUCUUUUCUGUUAAGGACUCAGUAGUAAAUAUUACAGGCUUUGAUGACCAAAUACAGUCUCUGCUGUGCAUUCUGGCUUCAGUUUUGGCAACUUUUUCAUAAGGAAAAAUGAUUUGUAGCUCAAGAAAUUUCUGGAAACAGGUGAUAGUGAAAUAAGAGAAAAUAAUGAGUGAUGAGGCUGAAGGGUCUGUGUCGGUACCUCCUGCUCAGUCACAGGAGUCACCUGACACUGGCCCUGGAGCCUUCCCACAAAGGAAGAGGCUACUUUGGUGAGGUUGCCAAGUGUCUCAGUUUUCCUGUCCCACUCUAGGAUCAAUAAAGUGAAUGUUGUCCCCACA